GUCGAUUGUGUUGUAAUUAACACACGUCACCUUUUCCCACCCGUGUUCACACCUUGAUGUAAUAUCACCAGCUAGAUUGGUUGGAUGAAAAUGGGAACCAUAGUAAGUAUAAACGUUGGGGGUUUAUGUGUUAGUUUUCCUGUAUUUGGUCUCGGGUGGUAAGACAGCUCGUUAGAUGGAGAGUAGAGUGGGUUGAAUGCAAACGGGCGGGUUGACCUAGUGCCAUGGUGCGGGCGCAUUGAAAGCGACAUGAGCGCAUAAUGACGGUGGCAGGGAGGCAGCGGCGGCGGCGGCGCGGCGGCGGCACAGUGCGCGCGCAGCCCGCCAUGCGCACACGCUCGUCACAUGGCGCGUGGCCUGGCGCUGCUCACGCUGCUGGCCGUCGCGGCUGCCCUGCGCCGCCGCCCCGCCCGCGACCUCGCCCGCUCAGACUCCUCCGACUCCGACUCCAUGGACCCCUUCAUCCUCCUUGACGAUUAUGACGACUCGUAUGAACCCGUGCCCACUCAGCGACCCCAAAUUAAUAGUGCCAAAGUGAUACUUCGGGCCAAAGGACCCAAAGGAAACUCGACUGUGAAAAACACUAAAAGUGAAAAUAAAAAAACUGUAGUUAAGCCUAUAAACUUUACUCGAGUAGCAAUAAGUGAGAAGCCUCCGCGGCAGCCGUGGAGCAAGGAGGAGCCGCGGCCGCUGGUGGAGGUGUCCCCGCAGUUCGUGCUCAUGGACGCCAGCGUGAAGUACACCACGAGCGCGCGCCCGCCCCCGCGCCGCCCGCCCAGCACGCGCCGCCCGCCCUCCACCCGCCGCCCCACCACCACGCGCCGCCCGCCCUCCACCACGCGCAAGCCAGCUCGCACCACACGCAAGCCGCAAAAAACAACAAAGAAACCACAAAAGAGUACAAAAAAGCCGUGCCCGCCAAAAAACACGGGCUGGUUCUCCUCUUUCUUUCAGGAAAACAAAAAUAAGAAUGUACAAAAGAAGCCAUCAAAGCCUUCCUGGUAUUCAGGCAUCUUCACAAAACUAUACAAAUGGAUUUGGGGCUCCAAGUCGAACAGUGCCCAAGGGACCAGUAGCGGAUGGUUCAGCGGAGCGGCGGCCUGGCUGCAGGAGGAGCCCGCGACCACGACCCCCGCCCCGCCCCCCGCGACUACUGCCCCCGCCCCCACCCCCGCGCCAGCCCCUGCCUGGUACAACAACCUGUUGGACUCCGAGGACGACGACGGUGCCUACACCGUCACCACCACCAAAAAGACGCCCAAAAAAGCUGCGAAGACAACAUACAAAGGGUACCAGUUGCUGCGCGCAUACCCCGACGCGCAGUGGAAAGUACACGAGAUGUUAGACCUCCAGGAUGAGGCCUCGGACUCUGGGCUCAAGUGGUGGACGCAGCCCUCCAUCAACGGCUCCACCGACCUGCUGGUGCCGCCCGACCUGCUGGCUGAUAUCAAGGACCACCUCAAGUCACUCAAGAUCGACUUUGAUGUCGUCAUUUGGGAUCUGCAGAAAGCGAUAAUGUACGAGAACCCGCGCUUAUCCAAGAAGCAGAGGAUAGAGCUGGAGCAGUUAAGAGGACACCCCAUGACGUGGCGCCGCUACCACCGGUAUGCGGACAUCCUGCGCUAUCUGGAGUACCUGCAACACUCCUAUGCGGACCUGGUCGAGCUUAUCCCUCUCGGACGCUCCUCGGAAGGACUGCCUUUAGUUGCCGUUAAGGUGGCUUUACCUAAAAACGAUACCCAGUACAAAGAUUUAAGUGCAAAAGGGUACAAAAAGAAAUGGAAACUACGAUCCCAGAUGAAACCCGCCGUGUGGGUCGAGGGAGGGGCGCACGCGCGAGAGUGGAUCGCGCCGGCCGUCGCCUCGUGGAUGCUGCAUACCCUCGUAGAAGGAGAAAAGGGGCUAGGCACGGAGCUGGAGAUGCUGCGACAGGCGGACUUCUACAUAAUGCCGGUGAUGAACCCGGACGGGUACGAGCACACGCACACGCACGACCGCCUGUGGAUGAAGACGCGCUCGCGCCACGCCGACGCCGCCGACGACUACUCCAGCUGGUUGCCGUGGAACUGGGGCCGCAGCACGGACUGUGUGGGAGUGGACGCGGACCGCAACUGGGACUACCACUGGGGCGAGCGGGACGCCUCGAGGGACCCCUGCGCCGACAACUACGCCGGCCCGCACCCCUUCAGCGAGCCCGAGACACGCGCCGUGUCCGCCUUCCUCGCCGAACAUAGGGACCGGAUUAAGGUGUACAUCUCGCUGCACGCGUACUCGCAGGCGUGGCUGGUGCCCAGCUCGCAUGCGCACGCGCAGUUCUCGGACGACGGCGUGCUCAUGGAAAUGGGGAAAUUGGCGACGGCCGCGCUCGCCGACCUCUACGGCACUAAAUACCAAGUGGGCACAGCGGCGGACAUCCGGCAGCCGGCGUCGGGCAUGUCGCACGACUGGGCCAAGGCGCGCGCGGGGGUCAAGUUCUCCUACCACGUGGACCUGCGCGACUCCUUCGGGCCCUACGGCUUCCUGCUACCCGGCUCGCAGAUUGUCUCCACCGCCAAGGAGACCUGGCAGGCCAUCAAGGCCAUCGUCGACAAUCUAACGCCAGGAUAGAAAAUUAUUUAAUAGUAGUUAAAAUAAAUGGGAUGUGAUUAGUUAUUUAUUCUGUAGAUUACUUAGGUCCUAACCUUACAAAUGCUCAACAUAUUUUAAAGUAGCCAGUAGUUAUACCUCUUGUAAGAAAGUACUUUAAUAAAAUACGUGAGCAAUAAACUU